AUGACUCCUAUCAUGUAUAUACUGAUGAGCUUAUGCAUUGAGCUUAUGCAGCUCAAUGUGGAAAGCAGUGUUCAGGAGUCGUCAGAUGUACGACAGCUUUACGAAAAUUUCAAGAAUAAAUACAACAAGUACUUUGAAAAUGACGAAGAUCAGCGACGGUUUGAAAUAUUUAAGGAAAAUUUGGAACAAGCGAUGAUAUAUCAGCAAGCCGAUCUAGGAACUGCCAAAUAUGGUGUGACUAAGUUCUUCGACCUCACAGGUAGUGACCUCCAAAAUGUGACAGAUGAGGAGUUCGAAGCCCAAUAUUUAACGGCUAGAUUCCCGGAGAUAAUUGAACCAACUGAGGAGAUUCAAAUGAAUGGGACGGAAGAACUACCACCAUACUUCGACUGGAGAGAAAAAGGCGCGGUUGGUCCUGUGGCCGACCAAGGCCGGUGUGGUUGCUGUUGGUCAUACUCUGCGGUUCAGAACGUCGAAGGGCAAUGGUUUCUCAGAUACGGACGACUGUUCAGUCUCAGUGCACAGGCAAGUUGUGAAUCUCAACUGAUUGACUGCGACGACGUAGACCGUGGUUGCGAUGGUGGCUUCCCAAUUGAUGCGUAUAUGGCUGUACAACGCCUCGGUGGAUUGCAACUGUCCAUUGACUAUCCUUAUGUUGCCAGUCAGCAAGCCUGCAAAUUCAACCCUAAGCAAGCCGUAGCAUUUGUGAAUGGGUUUGCUGCGCUGCCGAGAAACGAACAACUAAUUGCAGAAUACUUACACAGAAACGGUCCACUCAGUCUCGGAUUAAACGCGCACACGCUUAAGUUUUACAACUCCGGGAUCCUUAAUCUAACGGCGGAUCAGUGCAAUCCAGAUGCCUUGAACCACGCUGCUCUAUCAGUGGGUUUUGGAAUUGAUGAAAACACUCCAUUCUGGAUUGUCAAAAACACGUUUGGUGAGGAUUGGGGUGAACGG